CCGCUAAUUGCAUAGCGUGCGGGCGCUCAAAGGAACGCAAGGAACGAUUGAUCACCGCUGUGUGCUGUUUACGUGCUUUGUUGCACUGAAUAGCGAGACCACGAAGAGAGUAAGCAGCCGUAGAGAUCUGUGAGCGCUCUUUGCCGAGAAACAGGUGACGGAGAAGGCAGCAAUUGUGUGACGAUAGCAAUCUGUGAUUUGAGGGCGCACACCUCUCUCUGUCUCUGCUGUUGUUGUCAAUAGAGAGGUCCACUGAGUUAAAUAAAACUUACCACAUAAACGUUAACGUUAAACCAAAUCUAAAGCAAUCGUAAAGCCUUAAAAGUAAACACUGUGGUGUAGACUAAACUGUAAAAGGUGUUAAAACAUUAACUCGCGAUGACUGAGAAAAACGAGGGACUGUCGAGUGAGACUGUAGGAGAGCAAGAAGAACAAAACACAUUUUGGGGACGAAUGAAACGAUUUCUCACACGCAAAGAAGAUGAGAUGCAAACAAAGGAAGAAAUCGAGACAAAAUAUGAAAAUAACAAGACGGUUCACGGAGAAAGUAACCUAGAAUUUGAGAAAGUGAAAAGUAAUGCACCAAUAGAUAAAGCAGAAAUAAGCGUUGAAUUGAAAAAGAGGGAUGAGGUUGAAAGAGAUUACGACAGAUUAUUUACUCGCUUUCCUGACAAGAAUACGGAGCACAAUGGUGAUUCGUGGUUAUUUUUGGGAAAGUUUCUCCUAGACAAGCACUCAAUGCGCCACGCGUUGCCGGGUAAUCUUUUGGUAACAGAGCCACGGCGAUCAGUCGAUAACGGUCCGUUGGCUCAAAUAGCCGAGGAGGGAGACGAAACCAAGGCGCCACUUGCCCGACCCGAGGAGGAGGACGAAGACGAUCGAAUAUUGGACGUAAUAGAAGAUCGAUACACUAACGGAACAAAGAACGAAUACAUCAACGGUCAUCACAGUCAAUAUAAUAACGGAAAAGAAAAUAAGGAUAGCCAUUCAGAUGGAAUAGAAGCGCUGAAACAGAAAUUUUUCGAAACACGACGAAUUAUCGGUUAUGAAGUAAAAGCUGCCGGGAAUAACGCGAGCUCACUGAGUGGUUGGGAAAGCUCAAGCAGUAGUGAGGCGACGCCUGAGAUAACCAAUCAGCGACACCCGACAGACUCGGAUUCUGACUCUUGGCUAUCAGAGAUGGAUAAACCAACCAGCCCCAGGCGAUGUAAAGUCAAGUGCACAAUCUCCACGGAGAUGGUUGUGAACAAGCCGCGAAAACAAAGCGCGUCUAGCGAGCGCAGCAAUUCAACCGACAAACACGAGGACGAAAUCCCGUAUGAUGUCGACGAUGAUUCUGAUACCUCAGAUGAGACCAGUGACCAAACGAAUGAUGGUGAUGAUGACAACGUCAGGUGUCGGACUGUCCCGAAGAGACAGCGAAAAGUGUUCGUAAGUGCCAAGAAGAAGCCGUCUGAUGCCGAGAACGCGGUGAUCGAUUUGGACGAUGCGAGUUUUGAGGAAUGGUUUGCAGUGGGAAACAAACAGCGCACGUCCCAGAAGUCCCCUCUCCGCUCGCCUAUACUCGAGGAGCCUGUGGAGCCUACGGAUGGGAAGGUUGACGUCGAAAAAGAGGUUGACUUCAUCAAGCUAUUGGAAGACAUGGAUAAGCAAGACGAAAACAACUCCACGAAUCUCACUAAUUUAGAAACUGGCGGUGCUGAGUCUCAAGGAAAAAAAAAUCAUGAGCAAGACGCAGGGGAACCUGGCAGAUUGCCUUGCGAGUCGGACUUCAAAAGACUGAGGGCCUGGGACGAGGAGCCCACUGAGUGGUGGACGAAUACGAAAAAAACACGUGACUAUGACGUUUGGUACAAGCCAAUGAAAGAGGGCACGAUAACAAGGAUUGUUGUGCCAUUCAUGAGAAUUCCUUACAAGGAUGCUGUUCGACUCAUCUCGGACUGGGACUAUCGUCGUGUGUGGGACAAAACCUUUUCCAAGAUAGAAGUCAUUAAAAAAGACGGGGCAGAAAAACUGAUUCACUGCCCGUUAAGCAAGAAAUGUGACCUCACGCUAGCAGUCAGGGAUAAGAAUUACAAAAAUGAUCCGAGCUUUAUCACGACAUGGAGAAGACAUAAUACACAACCCAGUUCACCUAAAGACAAGCGCCAGUCGAAAAUACUCGAGUUUGACACACGCACUUGCGGGAUCCUUCUUUGUCCUGCUGAAAACGAGGCUGAGGAGGUCGGCACAAGGCUAAGCAUCAUUUGUCAACUGACAGGGCCUACAGAUCACGUGAUCAAAAACACAUACCUCGCGGGCGACCCGCAGAGAUGGCUGAAGAACUUACAGAAGUAUUCGGAACGUGAGCGCAAGCAACAACAAUUCAAAGUCGUCAAACUUUGAUAAUAGCAAUUCCAUAAAAGUGAAUAAAUAAAAAAACAAUAAAAAAAAUGAAUAAAUCAAUAAAAUUAUAUUAUAAUUAUUAAUGUAAAAUUUAGGUUCUCAUCUAUAUCAUGUAUCUAAGUGCACUGAAUUCGAGUGUGUUUCUAUAAAAUAUGAAAAUAAAAUUUACCUAAUGUC